UUGAAAAACAUGGUUUAUGGGGGAGUAAACAACAACAGCUACGAGACGAGCGACAGAGAGGCCUACACUAUAAAAAGUAGGCAGGCUCGUAAAGAAGAAGUUAGCCAAGUAUUAUUGUAAUCGGAAGUCAAUCGGAGAAAUUAAUAAAUCAUAUCGGAGAGAUGUCGACAGCGGCGAACAAGCAAGUUGUAUUGAAAGAAUACGUGAGUGGUUUUCCUAAGGAAUCCGAUUUCGAUCUCAAUACCUCCACCGUCGAAUUUAAGAUUCCGGGAGGUUCUAACUCGGUUCUGGUCAAGAACCUCUACUUGUCAUGUGAUCCUUACAUGCGUGUUCGUAUGAGCAAACCUGAUCCCUCCACUGCUGCUCUUGCUCAAGCUUACGCUCCCGGUCAGCCAAUAUUUGGGUAUGGAGUGUCUAGAGUGAUAGAAUCUGGGCAUCCAGAUUACAAGAAAGGUGAUUUACUUUGGGGUAUUGUUGGAUGGGAAGAGCACAGUGUUAUCACUCCAAUGACUCACAUGCAUUUCAAGAUUCAACAUACUGAUGUUCCAUUGUCCUACUAUACUGGACUUCUCGGUAUGCCUGGUAUGACUGCUUAUGCUGGGUUUUAUGAAGUCUGUUCACCAAAGAAAGGAGAGACAGUUUAUGUCUCAGCUGCGUCGGGUGCAGUUGGUCAGCUUGUGGGGCAAUUUGCUAAGAUGAUGGGUUGUUAUGUUGUUGGAAGCGCCGGUACUACAGAAAAGGUUGAUCUGCUCAAAACCAAGUUUGGGUUUGAUGAUGCAUUUAACUACAAGGAAGAAGAAGACCUUAGUGCUGCCCUGAAAAGGUGUUUUCCCACAGGCAUCGACAUAUAUUUUGAGAACGUAGGAGGCAAAAUGCUAGAUGCGGUGCUCUUAAACAUGAACCCACUUGGGCGUAUCGCUGUCUGUGGAAUGAUCUCACAAUACAAUCUUGAAAACCAAGAAGGUGUGCACAACCUAUCUAACAUAAUCUACAAACGAAUCCGCAUUCAAGGCUUUGUAGUUCUUGAUUUCUACGACAAAUACUCAAAGUUCUUGGAGUUUGUGCUUCCGUGCAUUAAAGAAGGGAAGAUAACGUACGUGGAAGAUGUAGUUGAUGGUCUCGAGAAAGCUCCUGAAGCUCUUGUGGGACUUUUCCAUGGUAAAAACGUUGGGAAACAAGUUGUUGUUAUUGCCCAUGACUGAUUUACUUGUAUAUUUAUCCAACAAGAAUUUGUAUGGGUACGUUCGAACCCAAGUGUGAGUUUUUGGUUUAUGGAUAUUAGUAAUUGAAGUAAAUCUUAUCAAUUUUUUUUUG